AUGAAAAUCUCAGCUCUCUACGUCUACCCCAUCAAAGGUCUGCGGGGGAUCGAGCUCCGGAAAGCCCAGGUCGGGCCGCAGGGGAUCAAGCAUGACCGGCGUUUCAUGCUGUACCAGGCAGGGCAGCACGAGGCCACGGCCGGCAUGAAGGCAAUGCAGCUGGCGUCCCACCCGCAGUGCGCUCUAUUCGAGCAGCAGAUCGCUUCUAGCCCGGAUGGCCCGGAUGGCUCGGCAGAAGAAGCCAGCGUCGUUGUGCGAUAUCACAGCCCGAAGGACAGCCAUCACUCAGAUCUUAACAGAGUUACACCGCCCCAGUCACCGAGCUCCGCCGAGGAUAGCGAAGCGACAUUAAGGGUGCCUUUGGAGCCGGAUAUCUCUCUGCUCGAGAAGAUCAGCGUCGACCUGCACGGCAGCCCGGCAACGGCUUACCGCAUGGGCGGCGGCUACGACGCGUGGUUCAGCUCGCGGUUCGGCUUUCGGACAGUUCUAGUCUACAUUGGUGACGGAAGGCGGGCCGUGCUUGGAACCAGCAUGCUCCCCAAGGCUGCCAACACCGCCGCUGCCCCGCAGAAAGGAUGGGUGUCGUCGCUAGCCUCGCUGGUAACCAGCCCUCGGCAGCAACAGCCAGCAACCCCGGCGCUGUGGCUGACCUUCACCGACGUGGCCCCGCUGCUGGUCACGUCCGAGUCCUCGCUGCACGACAUCAGCGCCCGUCUGCCUGCCAACCAGCCAAUGCCCAUGUUCAAGUUCCGGCCCAAUCUCGUGGUCGACGGAGAGGGCGAGGCCGCGUGGGCCGAGGAUUUCUGGGCGGAGCUCGCCAUCGAUGUGCAGACCAAAGAUUUGGAGCAGCAGCAGCAGCAGCAGAGGCACACGCUACUGCUGACGAGCAACUGCGCGCGGUGCAUAAGCCUCAACGUGGACUACCAGACGGGCAAGCCGGCUGAAGGCGAGCUGGGCUCGGUGCUGAAGAAGCUUAUGAAGGAUCGCAGGGUAGAUGCCGGGACAAAGUGGUCGCCUGUCUUUGGCCGAUAUGCUUUUGUUGCCGGAGGAGAGGGGGAAGUGCUGACUGUAUCGGUGGGAGACAAGGUUCAAGUGACGCGGCGGAAUGCCGAGAGGAGUGUUUGGGACUGGCCCGGCCUCUAG